UAUAGACAUUGCCAUCAUCAAUUACAUAAUAAAUUUACUAUUUCAUUAGAUCCAAUAUGUUCGGUUUAGGUGGUAGUACUCCUCAAGUUUCUUCUCAACAAAAGCUUCAAGCUGCUGAAGCAGAAUUAGAUAUGGUUACUGGAAUGUUUAAUCAAUUAGUAAAUCAAUGUCAUAAGAAAUGUAUUAAUGCAUCUUAUUAUGAAUCUGAUAUUACUAAACAAGAAGCUCUUUGUUUAGAUAGAUGUGUUGCCAAAUACUUUGAAACCAAUGUUCAAGUUGGUGAUAAUAUGCAAAAGCUUGGACAAUCUGGAGCUUUAAUGGGUAGACAAUAAGACACUCAAAAGAUUAUAAAAAUAAUCUAAUUCUAAAAGAUGUGAUUAACGUACCUGAAAAAAUUAUAUUAGAAAUAAUCCUAGUUUAAGUCAAGUUAAAAUGACUGACUAUUUGUAUAUUUUGAGCAUCCUUAUUUAACUGUAUAUAUUUAUUAUUCAUAUCAUCUAAAUAUAAAUUAAACAAAUUU